AUGGAGCGUUGGCCACUUCUCCAAGCCCGUGUCCUAGAGACCAGCCACCAACAACUUAGGCUUUGCCAGGUGAGAGGUCAUGGGAGAUGCUUGGAAGCGCAAGUCGCAUGCACCCUGGGCCAGUGCCUGGCAGAAGAAAGUCCUUUGGUCUUGGGGUCUUCUGAUGGAAUCUGGUUAGCGAAGGCUUGUUGUGUCAGUGAAGAAGAGGAGCUGGAUGCCAUGGAUGAUCUGUUGGCCGGCUGCCUUUGCCUGCAUGUGAGCUUGGACUCUGAGAAGCAAAAGCUUGCGCAAGAAUUGAGCCGGGAAUCGAGCUUGGUUGGCACGAUUGGUCAAGACAGACUGUCGAAAUGCUUAUCCAAUGACUUGUUAGAAGCUUUGGGUCCAGACGUUGCCCCAAUUCUAUCCCAGUGGAGGGCGUGCUGUGAUGUCAAUGCAGAGACGUGGGUCGAAACAGUGGAAGAGUCGGAACAUACCCGUCCGUUGAUACGCCAUGUGCGCUUCUUAUUCGGAUUGUUUGCAGCCUUGGCAAUGGUGGAGCACAGCUGCCAGCCAAACGCGCGAGUGGAGUGGGACUCCAGUGCUCAGGCUAUGAAGCUGGUAGCCAUGUCAGACAUUGCAUGUGGGCAGCGCAUUUCGCGGUCUUACCUGGAUGCGGGGCUGCUAAUGGCGCCAACGUCCAUUCGCAAGGUUGUGCUGCAGCAAGACUGGCGGUUCGAGUGUACUUGUCCGCGCUGCAGAUGCAGCGUGCAGGAGAUAGAUUGGACGGACGUGAUGAUGCCUUUCCUACCUGACGAGAACUCUGAUUCUGAGACGGGUCCAAAGGGACGCCUAACUCUGCAGAGGUGUGCCGGACCCUUUGGAUUGACGCUUGAUCCUGCAGCGGUGCAAGCUAUCAGAAGGGCAGGCGCAGCAUGUCAAGCUCUUGGAGUUCCACCUGUCGGAACGCUUCACUUUCUUCAGGAUGUCGUGUCUGAUUUGCAGUCAAGAGGAACCGGCGGCGGAAGCUUGGCGACCAUCACGUUGUGCCUUCCAGGAGUUUGUGAGCUGGAGGACACCCGUCAACCUGAGGGCAAUGACGCCGUGGACACGGUUGAGAAGGACAGAGAAGCUGCAAAGGCCGCGAUGAAGAUUCCACUUGCAAAGGUCCCGGCGCCAAUGACCAAAGAUGAGUGCGAGGCCUUCAAGACCAAGGUGCAGACGGAGCUCAAGUUUACUUAUGCCGACGCAACAAAGCGAUGCGCCUCCUUGCCCGACCUGCACAAGGUCAGAAAUGCUUACUUCGGCUAUUUCAGGGAUGAAAGGCAUCCGGUGUCCAAGGAGCACGGCUUCACCUACGACCAGCUCAAGGACAACUCUGUUUUCGAUCCCAAGAAUCCUAAGGAGACCUUCCACAUCAGACACACCGAGGCAAUGAGAAAACGCUGCUCCGUGCCCCUGAGAACUCGCUGGAUGGUCAGAAGCUCUCAGGCCUACGGCUGGUUGCCUCCCAUCGAUGAUCCGAAACUCGGUUUCGGCCGCGGCAAUUCCUUCCAGAGGGACUCAAUGGAUGCCUCGCACAUCAUCGUCGGAGGGAACCGCUCCUCUGCGCCCGUGGAGGGAGGCAGGCCUUCCCGCUUCCUGAAGACACCUAGGGCAUUUGUGGAUGGCGCUCCUUCCGACUACGUAUGUGCUGGGGACGGCAAGAGAAUGGAGGUGCAGUUCAUCUUAGAUGACAGCGACCGCCAUAAGCCCAAAGCCAAAGACGUGAAGUACCGCGUCUCGGAAACAAGCUUCAUGGAUGCGUGCAUGUAUGUUGUUGCGCGGAACGUGUACAGACAUCGAUUCUGCCUCGUCGCCACGUGGAUUGUGGCAUCACUGAUCUUCACCGUUCCAGCCUUGGUGCUGGUGCUGCGACGCACCGUUGGCAUGGACAAGACACCUCCAGCCGGCACGCAGAGCGCGGCAGCUAUGGAAGUGCUUGACUCGCAGUUUCACAGUGCAUCUACGAAGCGGCUGGAGAUGGUGGUGAUGAAGUGCAAGACCUGGUGUGUCGAUGUGCAAAGCAACAACGUGGCAGAAGUCUACGCCGAGCAGAUCAAAGAUCGAGUUUUAAGAUUUGGCUACGAGCAUCCAUCCUCCGCGGUUUCUUUUCAAUCCUUCUUUGAUUUUGUUGGGCAUCAUCAGCUGUUGAAUCCCUUCAAGUCCAAAGAUCAUCAGAGCAUUAUGCUGAUGUGGACGUGGUCAAUUCCAGUUCAGCUGAAACAGCACGCGGAAGACUUCGUUGUUCAACUACGUGAAUUUAUCCAGUCUAUAGAUGAGUUCGGCGGUGAAGGUGCGAUGGAAGUCAAGCUGACAGGUAAUAUCAUUUUGGACCAUGAAAUGAAAGUCUCCAUCUUGGACUUUGUACUGCACGAAAUCAAGACAGUUGGGCUUCCGAUUCUUAUUCUUGGCUAUGUGUUGAGAAGUGCAAGACUGCUUCUGCUGGCACUGACACCCAUGUUAUUUGAGAUUAUUGUCGGUUUUGGAUUUAUGUACUUCGUAUCCUGUGCGGGGAUGACGAUCAGCUACUACGCGCUUAUGAUCAUGUUGAUGCUAAUCAUGGCGCUAUCUUGGGACUAUGCCCUUUUCAUGCUGACUCGCUACAAGACUGAGCGGGAAGCUGGUGCAUCGGUCGAGGAGGCUGUUAUACAGAUGGUAGCGACCAGUGGCAGCAUCGUCGUUGUAUCAGGCGUUGUUCUGUCAAUUUGCUGGUCGGUGAUGCUCGGUCUGCCCGACAUGUUCAAAACCUUUGGAAUCGCUGCCGCCUCUGCGAUCAUGGUCUGUGUCUUAGCUCAGCUCACCUUCGUGGCUCCGGUCUUGGCAAUUUUGCCGUGGCUGGGUCCAGAUGCCGGGGUGCCCACGGAGGUAGAGCCCUUGAGCCCAACAGGUGAGGCCAUGCGGCGCGUUGAACAGUUCCGCAAAGGGCCGUAUUACUGCCUCGGCAAGAUUCUCACGGCUUUUCCCUGCAAUCUCGUCGCCUUUGUGACUGUCUAUGGGCUCAUGAUGCCGUUAACUUCAAGAUUCCUUCAGAACUUCGAUGUUCUAAAUUUUAAAUUCACGGAAAUGGGCCACAGCUUCGAGAUGACAAUGCCUCGAGGCUCUCGAGCCUUCAACACCAGUCUUGAGAUCAUGCAGGACUUUGACUUCGAGAUGACUCUCAUGCCAAUCCUGAUAUUUGCCACCAAUGCGGUGGAAUCCGAUGCAGAAAGCGCCGGUACCAUUUCGGCGCCGCUUGUUAAUGAAGAUUUGUUCCAGCUGAACUGCGAGAUGAUUCGUGCGUUGAUAGCCAGAACGGAGGGCACUCCGUACGAACUGGGAGCGAAGAGUUUCCAAAGUCCAAGUGUCCCCAUCGACAAGAGCUACAUCCACUCCCCAUUGCCAUUUGCAAAAAGCAUGUUUAACGAAGUCUUCGGACAGCUUGUUUGUCCAAGCUUAAGUCAAAUGAACCUGGUGCGCAAGAGUUUUCUGGCCCGGAAUGUCUUCUUGACACAGACGUCGGAGCACCUAGACCUCAUGUGGGAAGAGAUGGUUCGCAAGAACGCAAUGCUGACGGUGCUCAACCCUGUCAUGGACCCGUUGGGACCGCAGGCCUUCAAGCUCGAGGCUCAGGUGGCACAGGUCUUGCAAGAGAUGCAGCUCCGUGGACGUGCCACUAUCCCUCAGCUGCGGUACUUCAUGUUUUCACCUGCUUCUGUGGUCACCGACCUGAUCAAUGUCACCUCUUCAGCAUUGCCAACAUGCUUCUUGAUCUGCGUGCUCAUAUGUUUUUCGCUCAUUGCGCUGUGGUUCAAUGCUUUCCUGGUGCCGUUCAAGCUCUUUGUGACGGUGAUCGUUCCGAUCACCUGGACCUAUGGAGCAGCUUUCUUCGUUUACGAAGAUGGGAUCUUGGAACCUCUGGGCCUACCAGGACUUGCUCCCACCAGCAGGGAUGGUCUGGACUGGACGGUUCCGGUCUUCAGCCUGACAUUCCUUAUCGGUCUGGCGCUUGAUUACGAUUUCUUCCUCUUCGAGCGGGUCUUCGAAUUCCGCAGCGAGGGGUUUGGAGACCGCGAGUCGAUUCAGCUCGGUUUGUCUGCAACCGGCGGAACCAUCUCGGCUGCUGGACUGAUUCUGGGUCUCACUUUCCUGGCCUUGGUCCUCACGUCUGAGCUGCCAAUGAUGAAUCAGCAAGGCUUUGUGUUCGUGUUUAGCAUCGUGGUUGACACGUUCCUAGUCCGCACGCUUGUGGUUCCGGCAAUGCUGUCCAUGUCACCUUGGCUCAACUACUGGCCCAGGGAGAUGCCGGAGCCACAGUAUGAGUGGCUUGGGGAGGGAGAUGAAGCCGCGCGGACGAAGCUGCGCAUGGCGAGCACUGCCAGUGCCGAAAGUAUCGCGGAGACGUGGCAUGUGGACACUCCGGUUGGCAAAAUCGAGGCAAAGCUCUCGGUUCCACUCGGUGAGAAAGCAACGGCGAUCGUGCUUUUAAUUCACGGGAUGUCUGCGCAACCAGAGAUUGUGGUGUUCGAGUGGACAUUUCUCAUGGAGGUGCAGGGCAUGCCGCACAUUCUUAUGAGGUUCAAAAUGCAGUGGCUGGCCUCCGUCGACGGAAGGUGGCUGCAGUUCUACCCAAUCUCCACUCAUGUGGGACUCCGGCCCGGUUUCCCGACUGCGUGUUUUGCCAAUCCACGCCUUGCAGUUUCGAUCCGAGCGCGAUUCGAGGUGAGGCCACGGCUCCAGCUUCAGGCGCUGCUUAUUCCUUUGCUGUUUGCAGCUGUCGAAGCCGGAGACGUGGAAGGUCCCAGUCAGAUUGGGAAGAAGUGUUUGUCAGACGACCCACCCUUUCAGGCAGUCCUGCCGAUGCUGUGGCGGCUCUCGAGGCCAGAGAGUGGCCGGAAGAAUGUUCUGUCGUUGCCUCUUUUGGCUGUGCAGGCCAUUGCCGGGUGGAUGCAGGAGACGACAGGCCGUGGCGUCCGGCGCCGCUUACGCCUGCUCUCUGCUUCUCGACCAGGCCCUGCGCCACUUUUCGUCUAUGGCAAAAGCUGGGGUGAUUUCCUGAGUCGAGCCGGAGCUCAAGCCGGAGCUCACGUGAGAGUAAGGGCAGUGUCAGCUAAGUCACUCGAACAGGUGGGGCACGGGCCGUGGAGCUCUGUCAGCAACUUCGCGAACAUGGGCGACCUGCUUCAGGAAUUUGCUUGGCGUGCCCUGCCCCGCCAGGACGAUGCGGUGAUACCCUUCGCCGAGCAUGAGCUCCUGCUGCAGGCUUUGAGGCGUGAAGACGCUCGCUCCAUCUUCGUGCCGGUGCAGGCAGAGUCAGACGAGCGCUUGGCCGCAAAGCUUGACGAGUGGCCAGAUUUAGUUUUAGGACGAACAAGAUCUCGAAGGACUCGUGUCGCACGCGAUGAAGAUGCCGACAGGAGUGCACUGCGACUGGUGGAGGCCGAGCAAAGGCUCUGGGCCAAGGCCGCAGGCGAUCCGGAGGCCAACGAUGGGAGAUCAGCUCACGCCGGUGCACGGACUUCCAGAAGAAGGGAAGAGUUGCCACCCUUGCGCCGUGGCAGAGCCAAAGCUUACGCAGAACCGCAAGCAGAGGCGCUUGGCCCUCCAACUCGCAGCGCACCAUCCAGGCUGCCUCGACGGGCAGACAGCAAGGAUGCUGCUUACGAAGGUGAUCCACUGACAAGAGCUCCAACACGGGCACAGAGUUCAGCUCUCACCGAGGAACGGCCACCCCUGCCGCGUGCGGGCAAAGCAAACAAAGGCCUUCCACGGCCGCCGAGUGAUGGGCGUGAUGUUCGAGAAGCUCGAGGCAAACCAGGCAAUGGCCUCGCCCGUCCGGAGCGAGCCAUGUCAAGCCGACAUCGAAGCAGGUCCAUGCACAGGCCAACGAGGCGGCCCGCCUCUUCCAAAGGAGAGCCUCACCAGGAAGCGCCCCGGGGCCGGCCUCCGAGCGCCCGCAGCGCGGGGCCCCCGCCGUGUCCGCCCCGCGAUCGUGAUCGAAGCAGAAGUCUCCGGAGCCACAAGUGGCCGGCAUCAGGUGGAGAGAUGAAGGUGCUUCUGCCGAACCAGGUUGCAGAAGACCUUCAUCAAGACGGGGUCUUGAAAGACAUUGCCAGCAAAUCGAAGGCGUCCGUGGACCUGAUGGAAGCUGUGGGCGAGCUGCACCAGUUCGUCGAAGGGCACCGGCUGCUCAUCAUCCGUGGGCAAGCAGGAAGCGAGCUUCAGGCAGCAGUGGAAGACUUGCUCGGCAAGGCAAGAUUGAAUGGUCGAGCUCACGGUCCAGGCGGCUCGAAGCUAAAAAUCCUCCUUCCUAGGCACCUCGCUGCUGUGGUCAUCGGCAGAAGAGGGGCGAACAUCAAGGACCUUCAAAGAACGACCGGCACCAGCGUCCAGGUGGAGAACGGUUCAACAGGAAUGGAUCGGGUGGCCACGGUGUGUGGAUCUCCCGCAGCCAUUUUGAAUGCAUUGGGGAGGAUCCACAGCUUUGGGACGGAGGACGAGGAAGGAGUUGGCUCCGAUGGUCCUGACAGCCACGACCGCCCUUACGGCCAUGGCCACGAAAGUCCUUUCCAUAACCGUCCCGGUGAUCAUUCCGGUCCUUAUCGCCACGAUGGGCCCGAUGGCCGUGAUAGCCGUCAUGGUGUCGACCCUGACGGCCCCCAAGCUGAGAGGGAUGGGCGCCCUUGCUCGGACGAGGAGGAAGAAUCGUUGGAGGAUAACAGGCGGAAGAAGAGAAAGCCACCUCCAAAGCCAGCAGCUCCAUGGGAAGUCCGAGAGCAUCCAGAGGCUCCAGGAGAGUUCUACUACCUGAACAUGGAAACGGGCGACACGACCUGGGAAAGGCCGGCAGGGAACGAUGCCAAGCCGUCCGCGCCUCCUCCAUGGCGAGUUCUUGAGCAUCCGGAGGCACCAGGAGAGUUCUACUAUCUGAACGAGGACACCGGUGAGACCUGUUGGGAUUUGCCAGAAGGUGUAGCGACCUAA